AUGGCGACGCCACGUAGCAUGGAAGGCUCUGCAAGCAGAGAUGCCCACUCUGCGCAGCCUUUCGACAUCGAAGACAUACAAGAAGACUUGGGCAUCCAGCAAGCCAUCCUUGUGUCGCUCAGGGACUCGACCCAACCGUACACCAUCGACAUACAAUGUCGAAUUCACGAGGCAAGCGCUAAGAUCCGACGUCUCACCAAGCGACUUGCAGAGGCUCGUCGUGCGAUUAGUCCUGGUCCCAGCGGCGGGGAGGAAUCCAGCAAUCCUACACCCUUCACCCAUCAGUCCACAGAGAGCAGGAGCCACGACAUGGACAUCGUUAGAGGCCGACCUGUACAGAUCGAACACCGUUCGGCUUCCUACGCCACACCCUCCAAUAGAGCACACCAAGAUUCGACACGGGAGCCUGUAGAUUUUUCUACGGCCUCGAGGAAGGAUAUGCGCAAGCGCACAUUCAGUACCCACCUGGACGGAGGCUAUUCCGUCUCUUCUGGAAGCAAGUCGAGGAAGACUACUCCAAGCCCAGCGCCUUCGAUCUUCUCUACCAGUCCUGCCUCUACCGACUUCGACGAUGACAUUGAUGUUGUUGACCUUACAGGAAUCGACGGAGACGAGUUCCUAAGCCAGCAGCGUCAAUUGGAGCAGCGCUGGGGCCAGCAGAAGCAGACUGCUGAUGAGGAUGCUGCUCUUGCCAGGCUGUUGCAGGAGGGCUCAGAUAGCGACGAUGCCCGCAUCGCACCUGCUACUGCUACUGCUACUGCUACUGCUUCUGGCACAGGUACCUCCAUCAGAACAGCCUAUGAUCGCUUUCUGGAGAGGUCACAAGCAUCUCGUUUUGCUCCAGGUCGAGCACCAUCAUUGCAGCUGAUCCAGACCUUGGCUGCGCGUCGUGCCGACAGCAACAUAGGUCAUCCUCAAGUGAAAGAUGAGCCCAUUACAAGGCCCUCGCCGAGCGGUCUUGCGAACUUCCCACUUGGGCCGCACCGCCCUCAACAACAUUCACCGAUGCCCGGCGGCUUUCCCUCGUUCGAGACAGACGAAGAGGAGGUGGACUCGGAUGAUGAGUUCAGGAGAAUGAACAACUUGCCUCCGCGCGCUCGGAUCCGACCACCGCCUGCUCCCCCUAUUGCAACAGCUCUGUCUGUCGUCAACAGGGGCCAAGUAGGUGGACCCGCAGCGAUGCCUCAGAGGCCUGCCCUUCCAGAACGACCCCAUGGGUCUCGCGGUGCAUUCGAUAACGUCCCUGCAUCUGAGCUGGCUCGACGAGCUGCCCUCAACCGGCAACUCCCUGGAGGAGCAUUUCCUGGCAUUGGCGGUAUCGACAGUUUUGGAACCGAUACGACGUUGUUUCCAGGUCCUCCGUCGAAUCAACAAGCUGCUCUCUUCUCAAGACCCGGGAUGCUUGGUGGUGGCCGCUACAACCACCUUCAAGCCUCGCCGUUCCCAGUUGCCGGGCCUUCGAAACAGGGCGGCUCGCUUGCCAGUGUUAUCAACAGAACCGGUCUGUAUGACUUCGAAAACCUUACGGACGGAUUCGGAGCACCUCUGCCUGAUAAUGUGCAGCGGUAUGUGGAGGACAUUGCCGGAGAUACCCGAAAGAACGACGAGGAGAUUAGGGAGCUCCUCUCCAACAUUCGGCCGGAUAUGGAGAUCCCAGUUGAAGAGCGUGAAGGGACUCCUGAAGAGCUCCGCUAUGCAUUGUACACGCAUCAACAACUGGCCUUGAAGUGGAUGAAGGACAUGGAAGAAGGCUCAAACAAGGGCGGCAUUCUUGCUGACGACAUGGGUCUUGGCAAGACAAUCUCAACCCUCGCUCUUAUGGUAUCACGUCAAUCACCGGACCCGCGUGUCAAAACCAAUCUCAUCAUUGGCCCCGUUGCCCUCAUCAAGCAAUGGGAGAACGAGAUCAAGAAGAAGCUCAAGCCCGAGUACCGCCUCAGCGUCUUCUUGUAUCAUGGCAAGAAAUCUACCUACGACACCAUGAGGGGCUACGACGUUGUGCUCACCACCUAUGGCACCCUGGCACAAGAAUGGAAACGUUACGAGAGGUAUCGGGAAGCGCACCAAGGCGCCAACAACGAAGGAAAUGCUGAGCUGACCAAGAUGUUCCCUUUGGUGCAUGGUAAGAGCAAUUAUUACCGCGUCAUCCUCGAUGAGGCCCAGUGCAUCAAGAACCAGGAUACACAAUCCGCCAAAGCUGCGCACAAGAUCUCGGCUACGUAUCGUUGGUGUCUGACCGGUACACCAAUGAUGAAUGGAGUGCACGAACUCUUUUCGUUGAUCCGAUUCCUGCGAAUCAGACCGUACAACGAAAUCACGCGCUUCAACGCGCAAUUCCACACUCUAAAGCCUGGCAGCAAGGAGUGGAGUGUCGAUAAGCGCGACACGGCCAUGCAGAGGCUGCGAGCUGUACUCAAGGCGAUUAUGCUCCGACGCAUGAAGAAUUCCCAGAUCGACGGCAAGCCGAUUCUCAAUCUGCCGCCGAAGACAGAAGAGGUCAAACACGUCGUCUUUUCGGACGAUGAGCAAGGUUUCUACAAGGCACUUGAAACCAAGGCGCAGCUGCAAUUCAACAAAUAUGUUCGGGCCGGCACCGUUGGCAAGAAUUACUCCAAUAUCCUCGUUCUUUUGCUUCGCCUCCGGCAAGCCUGUUGCCACCCUCACCUGAAUCUCGACUUUGAGAGCACCGGGAAUGGCACUGAGGGGAUUGUGGAGGAGGACAUGGUCGCCCUCGCCAAGAAGUUUGACGCCUCUGUUGUUGAGCGCCUGAAGGCUGUUGAGGCAUUCGAGUGUCCCAUUUGUAUGGACGCCGUUCUUGACCCUCGCUUCAUCGUGCCCUGUGGUCACGAUGCCUGCCAAGACUGUCUGAUCAAGUUGGCCGAGAAUGCAGCACAGAACGGCCUCCAAGCUGGUCGAGAGGAGAAUGCCAAUGCGAGAUGCCCGCAAUGCCGAGGUCCUCUCAAAUUCAAAGAGAUUGUUUCCUACACAGUCUUCAAGCAGGUUCACAUGCCGGAGUCGGUGGAAGGUGAAGGCUCUGGAGAUGCUGCCAAGUCGCUUCCGAGCCUGGGAAGCGACACAGAGAGCGACUAUUCUUCAGAUGAGGAAGAGUCGGAUGCGGAUGACAACGGUGAUCUCAGGAAUUUCGUAGUCCCUGACGAUGUGGACGAUGAUGACUUUGAUACAGAAGUGGCAAAGGCCGCUGAGAAGAAGUUGAAGAGGAAGGCGAGGGGAAAGAAGAGCAAGAGCUCUAGAAAGUCCAAGGGCAAGCGCCCUCAGAAAGAGAAGCUGCCAGAGGUCAAACCUCACAUGCUCAAGCAGUUGCGAAAAGAGUCGAGCAAGAACAGGGAGGCUCGACGACGCUACAUGCACUACCUCCGGGACAAUUGGGAGCCUUCGGCCAAGGUGACCAAGGCCUGCGAGCUCCUCGAGAACCUGAAGGCCACUGGCGAAAAGACGAUCGUCUUCUCCCUCUGGACUGGUCUCCUCGACCUUCUCGAGAUCCCCAUCAAAUACGAUCUUGGUCUGAAGUACACCCGGUACGAUGGCGGAAUGUCGCGUAAUGAGCGAGACGCCGCGACCCAAGCGUUCAUGGAGGAUCCUAGGGUGAAGGUCAUGCUUGUGUCGCUCAAGGCUGGCAAUGCAGGCCUCAACCUCACGGCCGCAUCUCAGGUCAUCAUCAUGGAUCCUUUCUGGAACCCUUUCAUCGAGAUGCAGGCCGUUGACCGCGCUCACCGCAUUGGACAGCAGCGGGAGGUCCAGGUGCACCGCAUCUUGGUUGAGGGUACGAUCGAGGACCGCAUCGUUGAGCUCCAACAGCGCAAGCGGCAGCUGGUGGAGGCUGCCCUGGAUGAGGGCGAGAUCAAGGGGCUGGGCCGGCUCAAUGCGGGAGAACUUCGUUAUCUCUUUGGUGUCAGGGAGUAG